AUGAAUCAUGUUACAAUUUAUAAGUCGGUGGUUACUCCAUUAGCUCCACAUUUUAGGCUUUCUGGUAAUCAAUCUCCCACUACAGCAGAAGAUAAGGCAUACAUGGAAAAUGUACCUUAUGCUACUGCAGUUGGCAGUUUGAUGUACGCUAUGGUGUGUACAUGUCCAGAUAUUUCACAAGCGGUAAGUGUUGUCAGUAUGUUCAUGGCAAAUCCGGGAAAGGCACACUGGGAAGAGGUGAAGUGGAUUUUGAGGUACUUAAAGGGUACCAUUAACACUGGUUUGUGUUUUGGUGAAGAUACAUGUCAAAUAAGCGGGUUCGUUGAUUCAGAUUAUGCUGGUGAUCUAGAUAGACGGCGAUCUACUACUGGUUAUGUGUUCAAAAUACACGGUGCUCCAGUUAGUUGGCGAUCGAUGUUACAGUCUACAGUGGCACUCUCUACUACGGAAGCCGAGUACAUGGCAGUAGCAGAAGGAGUAAAGGAAGCAUUGUGGCUGAGGGGUCUUCUAGGUGAUUUGGGUGUUGAGCAAGAACGCGUGAGACUGAUGUGUGAUAGUCAAAGUGCAAUUCAUUUGGCUAAGAAUCAGGUCCAUCAUGCUCGAACCAAGCAUAUAGAUGUCAGGUAUCAUUUUGUACGGGAUGUCGUAGAGGAAGGUCAUAUUUCUCUUACGAAAGUACACACUGAUGACAACAAUACAUAUUGCAUCCCAUAUUUCACUUCCGUAAGACCACGUGAAAGGCGCCAUAUUUCACUUCCGUAA